AUGUCGUUAAUCGAAUGGUUAUUUGGUGUUAAAAAAUUCGAUCUGAUUGCUCCGUUUUAUGACAAUGUCUUGUCCUUUAUCGAGAAGAAUACACUUUCGCAAUUGAGAAGGCGUUUUGUGCCCAUGGUAGAAGGAGAGGUAUUGGAUUUGGCCGUCGGAACAGGUCAUAAUUUAACCUUUUAUCCCCUACACAAGAUUUCAAAAGUGUGCAUGAUAGAUUUGUCAAAUGGAAUGUUGAGUAAGGCUAGAGAGAAAAUUGAAAAUGAUGAAAAUUUGAAAUCACAGAGCGAAAAAUUUGAUCUUGUGCAAGGUCCAUGUGAAUCCAUGCCUUUCAACGAUGAGCAAUUUGACGUUAUUCUAAGCAUUGAUGUCAUGUGUAGCGUGGAUGACCAAAAGAAAACACUUGAUGAGGCCUAUCGAGUGUUAAAACGAGGAGGUAAAGCAAUAUUUGUAGAGCAUUUCAAGACAGGUCAUUUCUGGUAUGACUUGCUUUUACGUCUGGUAACACUGAUUACAAUGCCACUCGUUGGUGCUUCCAUGGUUCGUGAAACAGAUAAAUCUAUUGAGAAUUCACAAUUUAAUGUGGAGAAAGAGGAAAGGUGA